GCUUUUACGUUUUUAAUUUUACUGUUAGUAUAUUUAAUUUAGAUAUAUCAAUCAAUAAUGUUCUCAGCAUAUUGUUUCAAUGCAUCGUAUUUUGAUGAAACACGACUAAUCGAUAAAGAAACGUAAUUUGAAGAACGGGCGCGACCCUGCGAUGGCAAUGUUCGGCAAUCGCUUUGUUCGCCAAUCUCCACGUGCCUUCCGCCAUUUAAAGGCUGUUGAAAAAUUGAUUUCUUCCAAUACCGUAGUGUUCUCUCGCAAUUAAUAUCGAUUAACGGCUUGCAGGUGACCUGACCUCGCGGCCGGCGACAUGGCGGCCGGCGGAGAGUUCGUCGAGGGAUGGCUCGUGGCGCAAGUGCUCGGUGAAGGUGCCUAUGGAGAGGUGCGGCUGCUGGUGCACGCGCGCAGCGGCGCGGCCGUGGCGCUGAAGGCGGUGCGCGCGGAACCGGCGGCGGCGGCGGGGGCGGGCGAGGCGUGCCGCGAGGCCGCGCUGCACCGCGCGCUGCGGCACCCGCACGUGCUGCGCUGCCUGGGCGAGCGCGCGCACCAGGGCCUGCACUACAUGUUCCUGGAGUACGCGCAGGGCGGCGAGCUGUUCGACCGCAUCGAGCCGGACGUGGGCAUGCGGCCGGCGGCGGCGCGGCGCUACUGGCGCCAGCUGCUGGCCGGGCUGCGCUACCUGCACGCGCGCGGCGUGGCGCACCGCGACCUCAAGCCCGAGAACAUCCUGCUGGACCACCACGACAACGUCAAGAUCUCCGACUUCGGGAUGGCUACGCUGUUCAGGCACGGCUCGCGCGAGCGGCUGCUGGCGCGCGUGUGCGGCACGCUGCCCUACGCCGCGCCCGAGGUGCUGGCGGCGGCCGCGCGCCCCUACCGCGCCGCGCCCGCCGACCUGUGGGCCGCCGCGCUCGUGCUGCUCGCCAUGCUCGUCGGCGGUCAGUACCCUCCUCCCCGCGCCCCUCCCGCGCCGCGCCCGCCGACCUGUGGGCCGCCGCGCUCGUGCUGCUCGCCAUGCUCGUCGGCGGUCAGUACCCUCCUCCCCGCGCCCCUCCCGCGCCGCGCCCGCCGACCUGUGGGCCGCCGCGCUGGUGCUGCUCGCCAUGCUCGUCGGCGGUCAGUAUCCUCCUCCCCGCGCCCCUCCCGCGCCGCGCCCGCCGACGGAGUCCUCGGUCAAGAUCGCGGCGCGGCUCGUCUCUUUGGUAUCCUAGCUGUAGGCGUGUUCGCAAUCCCUAAAGUUAUGGUACCGAAGUUACGCGUCGCGCCGCUCGCAACGAAACGAACUCGAGUCUGCGGUCGGAGCUGCCGUGGGAGCGCGCGGCGGCGGCGGACGCGCGCUGGGCGGCGUGGGAGGCGUGGGCGGCGGCGGGCGCGGGCGCGGCGCCGGUGCCGUUCGCGCGGCUGCCGGCGGACGCGCUGGCGCUGCUGCGGCGCGCGCUGCAGCCGGCGCCCGAGGCGCGCCCGGCGCUGGAGCGGCUGCUGCGCAUGCGCUGGCUCGAGCAAAAAGAGGAGGAGGUGCGCGCCUGGCGCUCGCAGCCCUGCGCCGCCGACGCCGACGCGCCCGACGCCGACCUGUCGGCCGCCGACAUGGACGCGCUGCUCAGCCACUCGCAGCCCGCGCAGCCCGACGACCUGCUGCUGGCCUCGCAGCACGACUCGCCCGGCGCGCAGGUACCGCCCGCCCCGAGCCCCGCCCAGCGCCCAUGCGGUCGACGGAACGUUUAAUGCUGAUGACGUGUUCCUUCCACAGAAUGAGCUGAUAAUGCAGCGGCUGGUGCGACGCAUGACGCGCGUGCGCCUGCGCUGUGACGAGGCGACUGCGUUGCGCGCGCUGUGCGAAGCCGCGCGCGCGCUCGGCUACACCACGCGCCGCCUCGACCACAGCCGGGUGGCCAUCGAGUGCGACGCGGAGGUGCGCAUGCGCGCGUGGGCGGCGCGCGCGGCGGGCGGCGCGCUGCUGGAGCUGCGGCGCUCGCGCGGCUGCGGGCUGCAGUUCAAGCGCCGCUACCUGCGCCUGCGCGACGCGCUGCGCCCGCUCGCCGAGCCCGACGACUGAUUGUGUUAAUAUUAUAGCUAGCGAUAUCACACUAUUUUUGUACUGAUUUUUUAUAAUAAACUCCUUUAAAAUUAAA